AUGUCCGAGUCACAGGACACUGUCCGUCCCACCCACAUCGACCUCCCCGUCGACAACCACGACGCACACGAGGACCAGCCCCACCACCUCCAGCCCUCCGGAGAGCGCCCGCCCCCCGCUCGCGGUAUCCUCAAGAAUGCCCGCCCCAACCCCGCCGCCGGCGUCGACCCCUCCAGGGAGCAGAAGAUUGACGAGCCCAAGACCCCUUACGUCCGCUACGACGCCGAGAACGACGUUGUUCUGGGCAUUGGAGAGCCCCCCUCAUUCGAUCUGAACAACGACACGGCGCCGGACAGCCCGACCGCGAGCACGGCGCAGAACACGGCCAACAACGCCCGCCGCCCGUCCAACGCAUCCACUGGGUCCUCGCGCUCCGCCUCCUUCUCCCUGCCGAACAAGGCACACCCUGUGCACCCCGGUCAGCCGUCGUCGCCGACCAAUGUGAUCCAGGAGCCUGUCGGUGCCACCUACGCCAACACAGCCGGCAACCGAUCCGGUAGUGUAUCGGGAUCCUCGGUGUUUGCGGACAGUGACGAGGAAGGCAUGGACGAGGAGCAGCGCGCGCACAAGCGCGACUUUGAGAAGAAGCGUGCGAAGCACUACGGACAGGAGGCUGCGCUUGCGCUGAAGAAGGCGCGCGAGAUGGAGGAGGAUGAGGACGAGGACGAGGGGACCCCGGUGCCCCCGGUGCCGAACGGCAAGUAA